AUGACAUGUUUUUGUUUUCUAGCUCGGGUAGGAAAACUGUUGUUGAAUUUCAUAAUGUUUAUGAUGUUCUACCUUAUGUACGUAAAAAUCUAUAGUAGAUCAAGUUAUUUAGCCUCGAGUGCGUGGAUUAUGCAUUGAGUGAAAUGGAGGAAUUCACUCAUAUAAAGGUAGAGGAGCUAACGAUAUUCGGAACUUUACCAACGGAAGAGAAAACUUCACUUGUGAGUUGCGAUCGGAGCUCCGGUGAUACGACUUUAUCGGAAGGUUCCGCCGAUGGAGCUUGUAUAAAGGAUGCAGUGUCUGAAUUCAGAACCAUGGAUUCUUGUGUCGAAUACAAAACAAUUGUGGAACCUGUGAUGCCUUUGGUGGCGGCUCCAAUUACGGAACAGCAAAGGAACUAUAAUCCACUUCAGGAUCCCGAGGCUCAACAGCUGACGUUGGAAGCGAUGUUGUGUAAAGCUGGUCUUGAUAAUUACGCUAAUGUUAUUAUACACAACCAUGGCAUCACGAAUAUUACGGAAUACAGUGAACUACAAGAGUGUGACUUGAAGCUAUUUUGUAAAGUUGCGCGUGAUCGGGUUUUGCUAAGGAAACUGCUAGCUAAUUUGAAAACGUUACAGAACGCAUCAGUGGAUGAAACGGAAAUAUCAGAAACAGGAAAUGAGGAUACAAUGGAAUUUUCAAAUUCUAGCUCAAAAACGUUUGAAAAUUUUUCUGAGUAUCUACGUGACAGAUCGGAAGGCAAAGCCAUAAUGAGGUACUAUGACGAGCAUGGUACCCUGACUAACGCACUACGAAACGAAAUGGUGAAAAUUAUUUUGAUGGAUGCAACUGCACAGGGCAUAGAGACGAAUUCGAAUUUUAACGAUUUCAUAAGCCAGAAAAUAGUGGCAACGUUUCCGAAUGAAAGCGCUGAGAUAUAUUACAAAAGUGGUCAUACGAUAGAAGGAACAAGAAAAGGCGCAACAGGAAAAUUACUCAAACGAAAGAGUCAAGUGCUUGAAGCACUCGGCAUAAGAAAACCAAAAAUCAAACGAACUGAUAAUCAAAUUCCAGCAGUAAUCACAGACGAGGAACAAUUAAAUGCCAGAACAUGGUUACUCGAUGGACGAUCCCCUAUCGAAACGGUUCGAGAAAAUUGGGAAGCAUGUUUCGAAUUACGCAGAAGCGACGUUGAGAAUGCCAAAGACACGGUGGAGGUUUUCCAACUUUACCCAAUUUUGAAAACACCAAAAUCAACGUUUCUAAUUGACCUUGAUUUCGAAAGGAUGCAUCCUGGAGCAACCAGUAAUUUUUAUGCGCGCUUUCCUCUAUUGCAUCAGAAACUGGAAACACACAUUCGCUGUGCAGUAUCAAAAGACAAAACUUAUUUACCGUUGCUUGAAGCGUACGAAACCUCAAUGGAUGGAGAUAAAAAAGACUACCUAUUAUGCAUGCUGCUUCCGCUAAUCCUACAAACUAAUUACAGAGUGAAAGGUAACUGGAAACCAUCUGUUAGAGAAACUCAAAAUAGUUUCAUCCUAGAAGUUGAGACUGCUGAUGACAUCGCGGAAAGAAUUGACGAACGGAUAAAUUUUCUAAAAGGGAAAUUCGACAACGUGUGCUUGCAGCCACAAAUAGUUGCAGUGGGAGCAACAAGAUCAGACACAGGAUUGUUCGUAAUCUUUGAAGGAACAGAAUACAUUGCCGAUAAUAUAUUGCAUGCUGUCUGCAUAUGUGUGCAAAUAUCUUGCGUGUUAAAUUUACAGUACGCACCAGAUUGUAAACCACUGUGGCUGUUUGUGCAAUCGUAUUUAUUCAAAAUAUCGGCAUCAAAUACAGAACUGCCAAAAAGCACUCGACAUCUGCUCGGAGUUAUUGACGAAGAGUGAUAUUUGUUUUACAUCCCGUUUUACUGUGUAAAAUAAUAAAAAC